GAAAACAUCCACGCCGCAGGAACAAAAUAUCUGUGCUCAUCACGAAAAUCAAUGUUUUACGUUGCAUCGAUUUUUUUUUCGCAGCCGGCGCCCGACAUGCUUAAAACAACCCUGACUGAGAAGCAAAAGAUUGUAUAUUGAUCUCCUUGUUCGUUUAGAUAAAGUUGUACUAAGUUGAUUGAUAUUUAUUUUGACUGCAUAAGAUGCAACGUAAUCAGAUAAAAUGUUAUUGUUAUUACAGUACUUAGAUGCAAACAAUAUGGUUAUAUGUGUAUACGCAACAUCUCUAAAGUGCAAAUACUUCUGUUUACUUUAGAAUCUGCAACGGAAUUGUUAGAUACAUAGGUACGAGCUAGAUAUUUUACUAUUGAAGAGCAUCUAUUUGCGACGGUGUUUAAUCACAGGUUAAGGUAGAUAACGGGUGGAUAUUUGAAAUAAUCGUCAUAGACAUUAAUCAGUCGUUAUCACUACGGGAAUUUAUCAGCGAAGCCGCGAAUAGUCCUUUCCUAGCCAUUGUUCGCUUUAGUUCGCAUUCACGCACCGACAUUACUAUAAUCAUUUUAUUUAUUUAAGUUUUAAAUAUGAAAAAUGUUUAAUUUGUGACUAAUUGUAAAAGUGUAUUGAAAAAGUGCAGUUGAACAAAAUAGUGAUACCUACAUUUUUAGGGAUACCCCAUUAGCAGUAAGCAAUGAAAGGACGAAGCAGAGCGCGCGUGACCGGCGCCGGCACCAAGUUCCGGUUGCUGAUGUGGAAGAACUUCCUGCAGCAGUGGCGGCGCCGCGUCCAGACCUUCGUGGAGGUGUUACUGCCUGUGCUGACGUUGGCGCUGGUCCUCAUCCUGCGCUCGCAGAUCGAACCCACGGUGGAGAGCGUCAUGACCUACCCGUCCUUGCCUGCGUGGACGUUGAAUUAUUCAUUAAACGUUCUCGGAGGCAUGGAUUUCGGUCAGCUGUCCGUCGCAUACUCGCCUGAGAGCCCUGUUCUAGAAAAAGUGAUGAGAAGAGCGACCGCUAAAUUAAUAACUCGAAACCUACGAGACCUGACACGGUUCAUAUUAGAUCAAUAUCCGGACUAUGCAGAUAUGAUACCACCAGAUCUAGAAUUACCCGAUUUAUCAGAACUUCCUAUUAACGGAACACUUAUUACUGAAAUUAUUGAAAGAAUCGUCGGGUUAAGAGUGUAUGCUUAUAAUAGCAGUGAGAGUUUGAGAGGGUUAUAUACGUCAGAAAACGUAACAAGGCAUGUUAUAGCUGGGGUAGAGUUUGAUGACGAGCUUACGGGCGCCACGCAGCUCGGCAGUAACUUGCGGUAUUCCCUGAGGUUCCCGGAAAGACCGCGGCAGUACGCGUUCUACUCGCAAGGGUCUCGGUCGUGGCAGACUGACUUGACGUUUCCUUCUUUUCAAGUUCCUGGGCCGAGGAAUCCGUAUUCUUGGGAAGGCGGCAAUGCGCCAGGAUACGUAAACGAAAUGUUCAUAGCGCUCCAGCAUAUGAUAUCCAUGGAGCUCGUAGCUGAAGUCACUGGACAAGACUUCUCCAAUUUCAGCGUGGCUAUACGGAGAUACCCACACCCUCCUUACGUGCUUGAUUUGGCCGUAGAAGCCUUGCAGUUCCUUAUGCCCAUGUUUAUAAUGAUCAGCUUUAGCUACACGGCUAUAAAUAUCGUCCGGGCGGUCACGGUUGAAAAAGAACUGCAACUUAAGGAAACGAUGAAGAUCAUGGGACUUCCCACUUGGUUACACUGGACAGCGUGGUUUUGUAAACAAUUUAUUUAUCUCCUGAUCAUAGCGAUUCUAGUUGUGAUUCUUGUUAAGGUAAACUGGUUCACGAACGAAGCAGGUUUCAGCGACUACGCUGUGCUUACAAACACGCCGUGGACGGUGCUUUUCUUCUUCUUACUUUUGUACUUCGCCUGCACGAUAUUCUUUUGUUUUAUGAUCAGCGGAUUCUUCUCUAAAGCUAGCACAGCAGCGUUGUUUUCCGGGGUGAUCUGGUUCAUCACCUACCUGCCGGCGUUUAUGCUGCUCAUGGACGUCCAGGUGUCGUCGGCCGUGCAGGCGGUUUUCUGCCUCAGCAUCAACACCGCCAUGGCGUUUGGGUUCCAGCUGAUACUUGCUAAGGAGAGCGCUGGAGGCAUGCAAUGGGGCCAAUUUUGGGAGGUGACGGAUCUGGACUCAAACCGCUUCGAGUUCGGAACCGUGGUGGUGAUGCUAGUUAUAGACUGCGUGUUGUACAUGCUGAUCGCUCUCUACCUGGAGCAGGUGCUGCCCGGGCCGCACGCUGCACCCAAGCCUUGGUAUUUCAUGUUCCAGAAAAGCUUUUGGCUCCCUAACAGAAAAAUUACCGCAGUUGAUAUCACAAAUGGUUCCAACGAUGGUAUCGUAAUGGAAAAAGUCGCCGACGACUACCCCAUCGGAGUUAAAAUGACGAAUUUAACGAAAGUUUACGCGAAGAACGUGGCGGUCAAUAAUUUGUGUCUAGAUAUAUAUGAUGGACAAAUCACCGUGUUACUUGGACACAAUGGCGCCGGGAAAUCCACAACAAUUUCCAUGCUUACGGGUAACACAGAAGUAACCAGCGGAUCAGUAUGGAUGGCGGGAUACGACAUAUCCCAGCAAACUGCCGCGGCCCGCGCCAAUCUCGGCUUCUGUCCGCAACACAACGUACUGUUCAACGAGCUGACCGUCAGGGAACAUCUGGAGUUCUUCGCCAGACUCAAGGGUUUCACGGGCCAAGACCUGCAAGACGAUAUCGAUACUUUGAUUACAAAGCUCGAGUUGGAUGAUAAGCGUGAUUACCAGUCAGCCGGGCUGUCUGGAGGGCAAAAGCGGAGGCUGUCAGUGGGUAUAGCCCUGAGCGGCGCGCCGCGGGUAGUGCUACUCGAUGAACCCACCUCCGGUAUGGACCCCGCGUCCCGGCGCGCUCUGUGGGAUCUACUGCAGAAGGAGAAAGCGGGGCGUUCCAUGAUCCUCACAACUCAUUUCAUGGACGAGGCGGACAUACUUGGAGACAGAGUCGCUAUAAUGUCGAGCGGGCGUCUCCAGUGUGUCGGUUCACCAUACUUCCUGAAGAAGCACUAUGGCGUGGGAUACACGCUUGUGGUUGUCAAGAGAAAAGGUUUCCAACUUGAAUCUUGUACGGAGAUCAUUGGACGACAUAUACCGGGAAUAGCAAUAAAAGAAGAUAGAGGAACUGAAGUUACAUACGGUUUAACAAACGACCAGUCGCAUUUAUUUGAAGCAAUGCUAAACGAUUUGGAGGCGAAUAUCGAUACCGUAAAAUUUAAAAACUAUGGUCUGACGGCUACUACCCUUGAAGACGUUUUUAUGUCUGUUGGCUCUGAUGUGGGCCCCACCGCGUUUGAUGAUGUGGAAACCAAUACGUCUGGAGGGACUGACGAUAUGAUAGCGGACAUGGACAUAUUAUCGAUGGAUCAAAUGGACAAGGAACAAGACAUGCUAAGCGGGUUCCGACUCUUUGUGCAGCACGUCCUGGCCGUCUGGUAUAAGCUGUGGCUGGUGUGGUCCCGUUCGUGGAUGCUACUUCUGAUGCAGGUGCUAGUCCCACUGCUAAUGAUCAACAUCACGCUUGGGAUUCUCCAGUGGGUCAUGUCGGUGCAGCCAAAAGUCAUACCAAGAGCGCUGACACUUGGACAAGGCUUCGUAGAAACGGAAACGGUACUAUCUUACAAUGGUACUUCAGAGAACUCGAUUGGUGCACUCGCCAAGGUCGCUUACGAACACAUGUUCAACUCGAGUAACGUUGAAACUAUGAAGAUUACCGUCGUGGAGAAUCAAGCUGUCGAUGACUACUAUUUGUAUAGGACUAAUGAAGCCUCACAAAUGGCGUUUCUCCGAGGCCGAAUGCUGACCGGGGUCACAUUCGAUGAAGACUCAGCCACAGCUUGGUUCAGUAACUUCGGGUUCCACGACGUGGCGAUCUCUCUAAGCGCCGUGCAUCAGGCCUUGCUCAAGGCUUGGCACCCGAACGCUACGCUUAGCGUGUUUAACUACCCGCUUGAAGUUAAUUAUAUGGAUCAGAGCAACAUGCAGUCCUACGUCGCAUAUCUCUCCACGCAACUCUCCUCAGGCAUAGCAAGCAGUUUUGGCAUCGUGAGCGCAGUUUACGUUAUGUUUUAUAUAAAGGAACGCAUACUUCGAGCGAAGCUCCUGCAGAAGGCGGCCGGUAUCCAGCCGAUAGUGAUGUGGGCCAGCGCGGCCGUCGUCGACUGGGCGUGGUACUGCGUUAUAUCCGUCACCAUCGUCAUCUCCUGUGUAGCCUUCCAGGUUAUCGGCCUCAGCACGGCUACCGAAUUAGGUCGGAUGUACCUAGCUCUCAUGGUGUACGGCGCGUCCAUGCUGCCGCUGCACUACCUCCUGUCGUUCCUGUUCAAAGGCCCUGCGACGGGCUUCGUCGCCGUAUUCUUCAUUAAUGUGUUGUUUGGUCAAAUGGGAGCACAAAUCGUAGAGGCGCUGCUCUCCCCUGCGCUGGGCACAGAGGACGUGGCGCAGAUCCUCGACUCCAUACUGCAGCUGUUCCCGCUCUACAGCCUCGUCAGGUCCAUCACGUUUCUAAGCCACAUCGGUUUAACCGAAUGGUCGUGCUUGCAAGCGUGCGACUACCUAUCGGCCGUUUUGCCCGUCGGCGAGUGCACCGUACAAACCAUGUGCGAUCGUAACUUCACGGCUUGCUGUGUGCGCGACGAUCCGUUCUUCGAGUGGGAAGAGCCCGGGAUCUUGCGCUACCUGACCUGCAUGUUGGUCUCCGGCGCUGUCUUCUGGAUUGUGCUUCUGGUUAUUGAGUACGAUGUCUACCACAAGAUCUUUAACUGGACGAAAACCCCACCACCUCUCGAUGAGAGCUCUAUAGAUCCAGAUGUUGUAGCCGAGAUGAAACACGUCGAGCAAAUCAGCAAGGCCAACCUAGCGCAGCAGAGCCUCGUGGCAAAGGGCCUAUCGAAAUACUAUGGGAAACAUCUGGCUGUCAACCAAGUUUCAUUUACGGUGGCAGAUGGCGAGGUGUUUGGUCUGCUCGGCGUGAAUGGCGCUGGCAAGACGACCACCUUCAAAAUGCUGAUGGGCGACGAAAUCAUCUCCAGCGGAGAUGCCUUUGUCAGUGGCUACUCUGUGAAAACGGAUAUCAAUUCUGUUCAUGAGAAUAUAGGGUACUGCCCGCAGUUUGACGCAGUGUUCGGUGAGCUGACGGGCCGCGAGACUCUUCGGUUGUUCACGAUGCUGCGCGGGCUGCCGACACAGUACGCCUCCAUGCGAGCGGACUUGCUCGCUGACUCGCUUGGCUUCACCAAGCAUUUGGACAAGCGGGUAGAACAGUAUUCCGGAGGCAAUAAACGAAAGCUAAGCACGGCUAUAGCGUUGCUUGGAUUCACACGGCUUGUAUUCGUCGACGAACCUACUACGGGAGUAGACCCAGCCGCUAAGCGACAGGUAUGGCGUGCCAUUCGCGGCGCGCGGCGCGCGGGUCGCGGCGUGGUGCUGACGUCACACAGCAUGGAGGAGUGUGAGGCGCUCUGCUCCCGUCUCACCAUCAUGGUCAACGGAAACUUCCAGUGUCUCGGCACCCCGCAGCACUUGAAGAACAAGUUCUCUGAAGGAUUCACAUUAACGAUAAAAAUGAAAAUAGACGAAGAAAGUGCGGAUUCUAUAGCUGGAGCACGCGGCAUUGCGGCGGUCAAACGUUACGUAGAAAACAAUUUUACUACUCCCAAGCUGAUGGAAGAGUACCAAGGCCUUCUCACCUACUACUUACCAGACAGAAGCGUGGCGUGGUCCAGAAUGUUCGGCACGAUGGAACGCUGCCGGCAAGACCAUGACGUAGAGGACUAUACAAUCUCACAGACUACGCUGGAACAAAUCUUCCUACAGUUCACCAAGUACCAGAGAGAAAUGUCCGAAAGGUUAUAGUAUUAGACUUGACAUAUAAAGAGAAAUAUACACACAAUGCCAAAGAUAUGCUCAAAAAAACUAUGACAGUUAUGAUCCAUUGAAAUCGUAUGUUUCAGGGGGGGUUGAUUUGCAUCAAAUGAGGUAGUUCUAAUUUUUUAUACAUAUUGUUAGGGAUGAAAUAGUGAUGUCGAAUCCGAGUUUUCCACCUCGAAAGCCCACCGGGUCAUUAUUAAAUACUUGAAAAACCACCAAACCUUUUUUUGGUUUUUCUCAUAUUUCACCAUCAAAAACUUUCUUAAGGGCUAAAGUCAUUAUGAACAAUUUUAAGAAUAAUAAAUUACCAAUAAAAUAGUAUAAAAAGGAUCUUUGUGGCCCCAGUAGUUUCUGAAAUACACUUAGUUAAAGUUUUCACAAUUUCAUAAAAACACAGUGUAUAGUCAUAUACUGGAGGGUGAGUUAAUGUUAUGUCCUUAAACUACUUAAUAGGACACGGGCAUGUCCUUAAACUACGACAACCAACGUUAGUAGGUCCCGCAAGGGGCCAUCUGGUCUGCUACCACCCUCCCGCCGAAAUCCAGGCACCAAACAGCCUUGCUGCGUUUCAUCUAUGUACAGUGCCAGUGCCUUUGGACGAUGAUUGGGUAUCAGUUAUGUUGCUUACAGCUAGUCAUUUUGGAUCCUAAAGUUUGCCGGACCUAGUAGCUCACGCUGGAAGGUAGUGAGAUCCGAGGCACGGUCUUUUCGGUGGCCGACCGCAGGAAGUUGAGGUCCAGUUGUACGGCAGCCACAUGCAAAAGGCUGCCCCGCCACCUAGUGAAAAAUCCGCGAAUAGCUCCACCGUGUCAAGAUAUGGCGACUGGAUGGGAGGAGGAGGCAAUCUCUGAGUGAGCUCCUCAUUGUCCUGAUUAGUUCAAGUGAUCCAAGCAGUAAACGCAACACCUCGACAACCAGUUUUCACCCACCCCGUACCCUUCAACAACAUGAAACAAAAAGAAAAAAUAAUACGAGUAAGUGUAAACACCAACGGCACUUUCUCUCAUUGAAAGUGCACCUCACCAACGUGCACUAUAUCGAUCCGGUUCUCCACCAUCCUGAAAUUGAAAAGCCGCACAUAUUCUUUUUGACGAACACGCAAAUGAAAAACCCAGCGGACGCGGCGUACAUCAACUACCCAGGCUACUCACUGGAGGACAAGUUCAGAGCAGAUGCUGGGGUCUGUGUGUACAUCCGCGACGGCAUUUUCUACAACGCCUCUGUUUCUUUGAGGUGACCGGGUCCGCUUUGUGGAUAAUAAUUUACUUGGGCUCUGAGAAAGCGAUCGUAUGCCUGUGUUUACCGACGUACAGCGGAAACCAGGAAAGUGACCUUCUGCUAACAACUGAUCCAAAUAGGCACUCGGUUUCGGUCUCAGCUCCACUGGGAUCCGGCCACUGUCUGGUGAAAUCCAUGUCGAUCCACUCUCCAUGCUCUACAAAGCUCAACUCCGAUCAUAUACGUAGUAUUGCAGCCACCUGCGGGACGGCUCAGCUAAAUACCAAAUCGCCGCUUUGGAUACAUUGCAGAGCCAGGAGGAUGAUGUUUUGAUGAGCUUUUCGAUUUCAGGAUGGUGGAGAAACAGAUCGAUAUAGUGCACGUUGGUGAGGUGCACUUUCAAUAAGAGGAAGUGCCGCUGGUGUUUACACUUACUUGUAUUCUUUUUUCUUUUUCGUUUCAUGUUGUUGAAGUCUACGGGGUGGGUGAAAACUAGUUGUCAAGGUGCUGCAUGCGUUUACUGCUUUGGCCCCCAACUUCCUGUGGUCGGUCACCGACAAGACCGUGCCUCGGAUCUCGCUACCUUCCAGCGUGAGCUACUGGGUCCGGUAAACUUUAGGAUCCAAAAUGACUAGCUGUAAGCAACAUAACUGAUACCCAAUCAUCGUCCAAAGGCACUGGCACUGUACAUAGAUGAAGCGCAGCAAGGCUAUUCGGUGCCUGGAUUUCGGCGGGAGGGGGGUGGUAGCAGACCAGAUGGCCCCUUGCCGGACCUACUAACGUUGGUUGUCGUAGUUUAAGGACAUGCCCGUGUCCUAUUAAGUAGUUUAAGGACAUAACAUUAACUCACCCUCAGUAUAUGACUAAUACACACUGUGUUUUUAUGAAAUUGUGAAAACUUUAACUAAGCGUAUCUCAGAAACUACUGGGGCCACAAAGAUCCUUUUUAUAUUAUUUUAUUGGUAAUUUAUUAUUCUUAAAAUUGUUCAUAAUGACUUUAGCCCUUAAGAAAGUUUUUGAUGGUGAAAUAUGAGAAAAACCAAAAAAAGUCAUGGUUUUUCAAGUAUUUAAUAAUGACCCGGUGGGCUUUCGAAGUGGAAAACUCGGAUUUGACAUCACUAUUUCAUCCCUAACAAUAUGUAUAAAAAAUUAGAACUACCUCAUUUGAUGCAAGCCUAAAUGUACGAUUUCAAUGGAUCAUUAUAGACUAAACUGGCUUUAAGUAGUGAACACACGACCGCGCCGUCCUUGAAAGUUUUCACGUAAGAGCUAGAGUAAAAUAACUCUUUCUCGCUCUCACUUACAGCAUAGUAUGUGGAUGAUCUUGGUGCGGUGCGGUCGUUUGUUAGCUCAACACAACAAGAUGUGAUUUCUA